AUGAACGCCUUCAAGGGACACGAGUGGCACAUAAAACCAGGAAAACCGAAGAACGUGAGCGGCGACAUCAUCCUCAUCUCAUGCACGGAGACCAUCAAGGCUCACCAUGACGAGGACGUGGAGGAGCCCCAUCUGCCACACCACCACCACCAGCAGCACGACGACGUAUACGAUAUAAGUGACAUAUACGACUACGAGCACUACAACUUCACGGACGAGCAGUGGGGGAUCGUACGACAACUCAACAUGUACUACGUGCCUCUGUUGAUCGUGGUGGGCUUCGUGGGGAACUUACUCUCCUGUGUGGUCUUCCUUAACACGCGGCUCAGGAUGAGGUCGUCCAGUUACUACCUGGCCGCCCUCGCCAUCGCUGACGUCACCUACUUGUUCAUCUUGUUCUUAGUGUGGCUCGACCUACUGGGCUUCAACACCUUUAACGUCAACGUCAUGUGUCAGUUGGAGAUCUACCUGGGUUCGGUCUCCUCGUCUCUGAGUGUGUGGUUGACGGUGGCCUUCACAGUGGAGAGGUUCAUAGCGGUACAGUACCCCCUCCAGCGACCGACAGUCUGUACGGUACACAGAGCCAAGACCAUUAUCAUGUUACUGUCGGGGUUCAGUGUGACCGUUCAUCUGUACGUCUUCGUUACGGCCGGCGUCAUCGUUCACCAGGAUGAGAGAGAUCCAAAGUGCAACUUGAGAAUGGACUAUCGAGGUCUCAUGAACGUCAUCAACUGGAUAGACACCUUACUAACUCUGGUCAUCCCGUUCAUCAUGAUAGUGGUCAUGAAUACACUGAUAGCACGCCAGCUGAUAAAGUUCUCCCGGAGGUUCAGACACAGAGACGACUUCCUGCACCUACAGGAGGUCAGCGGAGGUCAAGCCAACGGUCACCACAAGCAGGGAAGGACGAGCAGUCAGUCAGGGAGGUCUCCGUGUCCCAGCUCAGGUCGCAGUGUCAACAGAAUCUCGACCAAGCAUCAUGUGAGCCAACCAGCGGCGUCCUCCUCCUCCUCCACCACCAAGAACAACAACAACCUCAAGAUGGCCAUGCCCUUCACCUCCUCUGCCGCCACAGUUCUACCGUACCCGUCUAAGAACCCCCGGAGCAUCCUGUCGACAAGAACCCAGUACUCCAUCACCAAGAUGCUGCUCCUCAUCUCCACCGUCUUCAUACUCCUUAACCUGCCCAGUCACGUGAUCCGGGUACACGCGUUCCUCACCAGCCUGUGGGGGAACGACCUCGACAGCGACGAGGUCACCAUGUGGAACCUUCAGCAGUUGUUCAUGCAGCUGCAGUACACCCACUUUAGCAUCAACUUCGUCUUCUACUCCACCUGCGGCGCCACCUUCAGGAAAUGCCUAUUUCAGCUCCUGCCCAUGAGACUUCGAACCUGUUGCUGUAGGAAGAGUACCAAUUCUCAGAGGUACCAGUAACCGGGAGUUCUUACCGGGGUACUAGUAGGUGAGAACUCUUACGGAGGAGGUACUGGUAAUGGGGUGCUCUUGAUAAAGUUCUUGAUGGUGAUCCUCAGGAAAUAUUUUUUUUUAUUACUCGUGUCCACGAAGUUUUAUACCUCAGGGGGACAAUGGCGCUGGUGAAGUUACCGGGAUAUUGGAGACGCGAGGAGAUACUGGUAGCCGGGAUCCUGGUACUGGUGGCCACCUUCAGGUAGUGUGUUAAAAGAUGUAGGACUUGAUGCUACUUACGUGUGAGGGUCAGUGGAGGAGGUGCUAAAACUGAAGCCAUUGAACAGUUCAGUGACCGCGGCCCUUAUUGACAGAAGUACCAAUAACCAGGGUCCUGACAAAAGCACCAGUUACCAGGGCCCUGACAGAGGUACCAGUAGUCAGGGCUAUGACAAAGGUACCAAUAACCAGGAUCCUGACAAAUGUACCAGUAACCAUGGCCAUGACAGAUACCAAUAACCAUGGCCCUGACAGAUACCAAUAACCAGGGCCCUGACAGAUACCAAUAACCAGGGCCCUGACAGAAGUACCAGUAACCAGGAACCCAUAAAAGAUGACCCAAAAGUGUGAGUACGUGUUUGUGGCGUGAGCAAGACUUAAGACAGCGUGUCAGAGGAAAAGACGACACUAACAAGGUGAAAUUGGACGCUCCUUCAGUGCAAGAGGUUGGCGAUGUCCUUGUGGUGUUUACACAGCUCCUCGAUUCCUGCUCAAUGAGGCGACAAGGACGAUCAACACAACAAAGCUCUCUGUCUCUUUCUCUCUUUUACCACAACGCUGAUCUAUCCGAACACGUCAACGGUGAGACGAUAAACACACUAAAAAAAAAAAAAAAACAGAAAAAAAAAUGUCUCACGAUCGACAUUUUUUGUAAUCACUUGAUAUCAUGUCUUAUGUCUUCCUGGGGGGAGUUGUCGAGUGUCUUUUGGUAGAAUAUUUAUGUCUUCUUGUAUAUAUUUGUAAUGUAAAAGUGUUGAUGCGUUGUAUUCCUGGGCUGAAUUUUGUACUGUACCGCCGGACAAUCAGACACGUCCAUAAAUUAUAUCGUCUUGUGGUGUCUGUUAAAAAGUCGACCAAUUCGCGUCUUCACAUCUCCCUCUCUCUCUCUCCAUCUUGACAAUGAACCACAGAGGGAAAAAAAACAAAAACAAGAGAUGCCCAAAAUAAAAGAUUAAAAAAAAAAAAGAAGAAAGUACAAUUAGCAUUAGGAAGAACAAGAAAAACAUACAUACGAAAAGUAACAGAUAUUUUUAAGUUAUUUACCCGACUGUUAAGGACAGAGGAGAAGUUAGAGGUGUGUAUUGAAAUCUUAACAGGAGAGAUCGUUGGGAUAAGAGUUAGGUGUACCCGCGUUCGAU